CCGACAUUGCCCCAUUCAUUAAAUCACUCAUGGCUCAUCCGCACCUCCAAAAGGUCCAUGUAAGGCAUGCAGCUCUCUUGCCGGCCGUCCGGCUGGCUGGCUGGCUCUCAUUCAGCACACACACACAUUCGCAGAAACACAUCAGGGCAGGAUGACGACAUAGUCACACGCAUAGAGCCACAGUCACUAUUCAUUACAGUCAGUCCAGCCAGCGCACACACACUCACUUCAGCAAACAAACACACCAACACACACACACACACACAGGGGCACCAGCAGUGUGCUGACAGAUCAGCUGCACUCAGGCGUGGAGGCAGGGAAGCAGACAGACAGACAGACGAGGGCGCAGAGAGGACGGCACAGAUGGAAGGCACCCAUUUAUGUCAGUACAGUACGAUAGAGGUAAAGGCACAUAUCCCCCUCCUUCCCUGGCUACGUGCACCUCUAGCUCAUCCGCCAUGAACACGACUGACCCACCCAACACUGCUGCGUCGCCCUCACGGUUCACAUCAAAAACAGGAAUGACGAGAGCCACAGACACACCGACAGGAAGACAUACGUCCGCCUCGCUGAUGAUGGCAGCAUACUUGACAGCACCUCUAUCUCGUCAGCCUUGAAGUACUCCGACCCGCCCAACAAAGCACUGCCAUAACCAUCGUCAUCCCUCACUCCCGUGUAGCCCUCAGGCACAUAGCCACUGUAGGUGAACUGAUAGCAGCUGCGGAUGUCGGCAGCAGGAGGGCCAUGGAUAUUGUCAGAGCCCAAAUACAAAAAUCCACCGAUCGCCACCCUUGCACCUCUCUGAUACUUCCUCCCGGUCACCAUCACCCACUGAUCGUCUCCGUCGAUCUCCAUCUUGGUCGGUAAGGUGAAGUGGCCGGCCAGUGAGAAAUACCACACAUCACUGUCCUACGAACGGUCGUUGGUCGGGUUGUCGGGCUCCUGGAUGUCGGCACUGAUGUACACGCCGAAGGCAUACUUGUCCUUCCUGACCACAAACAGGAGAGGUUUGGCGUCGCCCACAUUGUCCAGCAGGUCGCUCGCCAUAGGUGGUGCCGUGGACAGACGUUCUGCAACACACACACACACACACACAGACGGAAUCUGCCCCAUUAGCUGUCACACCAUCCCAGCCUGCUGGCAUGGUGUGUGUCUACCGGUAGAGUGAGGUGAGCGGUGUGGUGUCAUUCAGCAGGCCGACCAGCGCCUCAUACUCUGACGCAGACAGCGACGUGUUGGCAGGAGGGGACACCUGCAGGAGGCGCAAACGGACCUGAACAGAUCCAAGACAGCCAUGGACACCAGAGCAUUAGAUGAGUGGGUGAAUAGAACACGGUGUGUGUGUGUGUCACAUACCUGCUGUGCGGGUCUUGCUUCUGUGCCAACGCAGGUACCCACCACACACAGAAUCAUCAUGAUAGCAGCACUCCGCCAAGCAGCCAUCACGUGAAUGGGAACAGAGAGAGAAGAGGACAGAGAGCCUUGCUGGUCAGAGGGAGGACGGGGCAGACAGACGAGAGAUGAGGUGAGAGGGACGAGGAAGCUGACAGAUUGCCUAGAUCUCGUACGCUGAUAGAUCUCACCGGGUGCUACAAUGAGAAUACUGGAUCCCGAUAAUCAAUUGGAGAUGCCGCAAGCUCUCUCCC